AUGAGCAUCGGCAAGAGUUUGAAUUUUCUGAUUCACAACACCAAGAAGUACCUUCACCGAUCCGUUUCGACAUAUUUUGAAGCAGCUUAUCCGGAAAAAACGGUGAAACUGAAGGAUAAAUCCGAAGAGUUUGCUGGAGUUCAUCUCGGAGUUUUUGUGUUCAUCGAUCAUGAGCCCUCUUACUAUGCGAAAACUCUUGGAAGUGUUCCGGGACCUGACGAGGAGUCCGAUUUCCCAAACUGCCCAAAAAUCGACCUGAUGGAAAUUUAUGUUUACUUCCUCCUCAAAUUAAUUGGUGUGGGACCGAUCAACCUUGGCAUGAUCGACGCCGAUCCGUGUAUUCUGAACUCUUCCUUUGAUAUCGCUUAUUUGAAUACUUUUUUUGCAAAGUGGAAUCUUCAGAAAAAUAUAUACAGAGCAAGAGAAGCAAUGAAUAACGUUCCUGUCCUGAAAAACAACCAGAACGUUAAUCACGCGACAUUCGAUCGGUAUUUUAAACGCCUUGAAAAGGCUCUAACAACUUUUUAA